AGAUUCUUGAUCUGCACAUGAGUCGGAGGGGAAUCCUGCUUCAGCAGCAGCUGUUGUCUCCAUGGCUGGCCAGGAGCUGGAGAAAAGCAACGCAUCCCUUCUGCCCGCCGACCUCACCAAGCUGGCAUCCCUGGGCAUGAUCGCCUGCGUGAGCCUGCUGGGCAACCUCCUGUUUGCUUUCAUCGCCCUCCGAGACCGGAGCCUGCACCGAGCCCCCUAUUACCUACUGCUGGAUCUGUGCCUGGGCGAUUUCAUGCGCUCCUUGCUUUGUUUCCCUCUGGUGCUGAAAUCCAUCAGCAGCGGCUCCCAUUGGACCUACAGCAAGAGGAGCUGCAGGGUCAUGGCAUUUGGCACCGUGCUCCUCUGCUUCCACGCCGCCUUUAUGCUGCUGUCCAUCAGCCUGACCAGGUACAUGGCCAUAGCCCACCACAGGUUCUACUGCAAGAAGAUGAACGGCUGGGCAUGUGCCCUGGUCAUUUCCAUGGCCUGGAUCCUGUCCAUGGCCAUGGCCUUGCCCCCUGUCUUCGAGGUGGGCACCUACAAGUUCAUCAGAGAGGAGGACCAGUGCACCUUUGAGCACCGCUAUGUCAAAGCCAACGACAGCCUUGGCUUUCUGCUGAUGCUGGCCUUUAUCGUGGCUGCCACCCAUUUUAUCUACAUGAAGCUUUUGUUCUUCAUUUACGACCACAGGAAAAUGAAGCCAGCGCAGCUGACCCCAGCCAUCAGCCAAAACUGGAGCUUCCAUGGGCCAGGGGCGGCUGGGCAAGCAGCUGCCAAUUGGAUUGCUGGCUUUGGAAGGGGACCCACGCCGCCCACCUUGGUGGGCAUGAGACAGAGCACCCAACAUCAGAUCAAAAGGCUGCUGGUGCUGGAGGAAUUCAAGCAGGAGAAGAGGCUCUGCAAGAUGUUCUAUGUCAUCACCUUUCUGUUCCUCCUCUUUUGGGGCCCCUACCUGGUGGCUUGCUACCUGAGGGUCUUUUUGAAAAGUGCAUCCUUGCCUCAGGAUUUCCUUACAGUUGCAGUGUGGCUGACGUUUGCUCAGGCAGGUCUGAACCCCAUUGUGUCCUUCAUGUUGAACAAAGAGCUCAGGAUGUCUUUUAGGGCUCAUCUGCCUUGCAGGAACACUCAAACCCAAAGGGAGUCCUAUAUUGAUACCUAA